UACAUUGUCUACUACUCGAGAAUAGCUCGGCUACCUGGAAAAUCGGUAUUUAACGAGCGCCGCAGUUUCAGUCGGACAUUUAAUAACACUGACCCAGAGGCAAGCACCGGUCAGUCGAAGCUCGACGUUCGUACAGUUCUGAUCUACAGUGGCUCCUCUCCGCGGGCCGUUACGCUUCAGCACACGUGAAAAGUUUCAAAGAUGUUGAGCAUUUUCAACCGGAUCUGCAUUCGCAAACGCGGCGGAGGAUCGUGACACAAGCAUAUCCGAGUAUAAAAACAUCGUUAUACUCGUUGCCGUGGAACCAGCUACAAUAUUUACCGUAAAAUUUGCUUAGUCGUGCAAGUUUGCAAGUGCCAAAGAAUUUUAGUGCAGUAAUGUGCCGUGUACGCGCCGAUCGAGAGAAAGAACACCGGAUCGAGUUGUAGCCGCGUGCGGUGGUGUUACAUGUGCGUUGACCGAAAGUCGGCGCCACAUAUACAGUGUGACAUAAGUACACUCAUACACCAUCCGGAAAAUCUUCCGAGUUCGCCGUUUGACUUCCUUGUUAACACGACGAUAUUUGAACGCGCAUUUGACGUCGUUUUAUUUGCAAAAACCGCUCUCCAAUACAUCAGACUCUAUCUUAUCUUCAGCAUUGACCUUGCCGCCGAUUUUUGCCUAUGCAAAACUGCGCCUGGUGGUAGGAACGUAGGUGAUAUAAGUUUUAUUGGAGGCCCAGCAUAGACCAAAAGAUGCUAUCGACCUGGAGAACUUGCUGUUCGUGCCUCUCGCAACGAUGGAUCUUCGCACUGUUCGCCUUCGGCGGGCUCUUGCUGGGCAACAGCAUGCGAGUGAUCCUCUCCAUUUCCAUCACGGAGAUGGUCACGACGGCCAGAGAAGUCAUCCGAUCGACGGACCAGACCUGCGUAGCUUUUGAGAAGCCUACUCUCAGGAACGUCACGAUCGUCACGGGGAAGACCUACGACUGGGACGAGUACACGCAGCCAUUUCUUUCUUCGCAGGGCAUAAUCCUAUCGUCGUACUUCUGGGGCUACGCGGCCACGCAAUUCCCGUUCGGCUCUCUGUCCGAGCGCUUCGGCGGCAAGUACCUCAUGGGCAUGGGCAUCUUCAUCCCGUCGAUGCUGACCUUCUGCCUGCCCUCCGCAGUCUACUGGGGUGAGUCCUCGGCGCUGAUAGCCCUGCGAGUGCUGAUGGGCGUGAUAAGCGGCGCCAUGUACCCGGCUGUCAGCACGAUGAUCGCCAAGUGGACGGUACCGGGCGAGCGCUCCAAGUUGGGCGGCUUCAUCUACGCCGGCGCGGUGCUGGGCACGGUCUUCGGCACCACGAUGCCGGCCGUCAUCAUCCGCUACUCGGGCAAGGGCUGGCCCGCGGUCUUCUACUUCUUCGGCGCCCUUGGCAUGAUCUGGUUCCCGUUCUGGGUGCUGCUGACCUUCAACGAGCCCGAGCAGCAUCCCUACAUCUCCGAGGCCGAGCUGAACUACCUGCAGGAGAACCAGGCCGAGCGGCAGAAGAAGAAAAAGGCACCACCAGCACCCUGGGGCCACAUCCUCGCCUCCAAGCAGUUCUGGGCGUUCGUCAUGGCACUGGUCGGCUGCGACUGGGCCUACUUCACCAUGGCCAGCGACCUGCCCAAGUAUAUGAGCAACGUCGUCAAGUUCUCAAUCGAGGACAACGGCUACCUCUCCGCCCUGCCCUACCUCUGCAUGUGGUUCAGCACGCUCGUCAGCUCCUGGCUGUCGAACAAGAUCCUCGAGCGCGGCCUCAUCAGCCGGACCAACGUAUUGAAGCUUCUGGCCAGCAUCUCGCUGAUGGGACCGGGCCUCUUCAUGAUCGGCGCCUCCUACGCCGAGUGCGACCAGAUCAUGGUCGUCGUCAUGUUCAUCAUCGGCAUGAGCUUGAUGGGCACCAGCUAUCCCAGUAUUAUGGUCAACAACCUGGACUUGAGUCCCAACUACGCGGGCACUCUCAUGGCGAUCGGCAACAGCGUCGCCGCCUUGGGUGGCAUCAUGACCCCCUACAUCGUGGGUGUCUUCACUCCCGAGCAAACGAUCCACGAGUGGAGAAGAGUCUUCUGGAUCGUCCUCAUCAUCAGCGUACUGUCGAACAUCUUCUUCCUGCUCUACGCCAGCGGUGAGGUGCAGGAGUGGGACAGCCCGGACUUCCUCAGGAGCAAGAAAAAAGCCGCCGCGAAAGAAGUGUCCGGCGAUGAAGCGAUAACGGAGAAGCCCAAGAGCAUCAUUACUGUAGACUUGGAGAGUGCGCGCUUCUAGAACGUUCCUAAAAAUUCUCAUCUACGUAUCUCCACACAUGCAGCUGCGAACGAUAGAUUGUUAAUAAUGAAGCUCCUCUCGAGAUAAGAUCUUAUGUAGCGAUUUUUAGAACGAAUUUGUCAUUGUUUUUGUAAGAUGCGCGAGUUUAUGUGGGUUAUACUAAGUCAGUCGCGGUGUAGAGUGUAAUUGUAUGGCGUGCUAAGGUCGUUGUUAAAACUGUGUUGACAUUUGUUUUCUUCUCAUCGUCUAGUUAAUGCCAUAGAGACUGUGUAAUAUUUUUGUACGGAGAACACAUAUUUUACUGACACUUUAUUUUGUGACAAUAGACCGCGCGGUUAAUAACGGUUCGUGCGACUAUUUAUAAAUAAUUAUAAUAUAUUCGCCGUACGAACAACAAAUGCAAAAAUAUACUUCAAUGUGAAUGUUAAAUCGUAUGAACAUUUUGUAAAUAUAACAAUUCAUCAAUCGAAAUAUAUACAGAAUUAUGUAUAAAAUAUAA